AUGAUCAGGUUCGAAGAUGCUUCCACAGGGGCUCUAUGGGUGACUUGUGCGCUUGCAGUCGGCCUGUAUUUCAUUCGAUCGAGACUACACGGCUACCGAUUCGACGGGUUCCCCAGCGUCAAUUCUCGAAAGCCCUGGGAAAUUGUUGAUGUCUUCGCGCAAAGAAGAUUCCAACAGAACGGUCCCGAGUAUCUGCAAGCUGGGUUUGCAAAGUCGCCCGUCUUUGGCGUGGUCACCGACCUGGGGCCAAAACUAGUUGUGUCUGGGGCCUUCAUCGAGGAAUUCAAAGAUGAAAAGCUGUUGGACCAUUACAGGGCGAUGAUCGAGGACUUUAUGGCAGAGAUACCAGGUUUCGAGUCGAUGUUUCUGGGGAAUCUUCACAAUACGAUUCUUCGCGAUGCCAUUUCCGUCAUCACACGCGAACUAGAACAGUUGAUGCCUCCCCUCUCGGAUGAAGUGUCUGCGGCUAUGGUAGAUACCUGGACAGAUUCAUCAGACUGGCACGAGGUGACACUGCUUCCCAGCAUGCUGGGGUUGAUCGCGAAAGUCUCAUCUCUCGUCUUCGUGGGCGAACCGCUGUGCCGUAACCCAGCCUGGCUGGAGACAGUGGUCAAUUUCACCAUCAUUCGACACCACGCAAUACUAGCGCUCCACAAGUGCCCUGCUGUGCUUCGGCCCGUCCUUCACUGGUUUCUCCCUCCAUGCCAGAAACUCCGGCGAGAGAUCAGAACUGCACGGACACUGAUUGAUUCUACUCUAAAAGAAUCAAGAAAGAAUCCGCACAAUGAGAAGUUCUCCAGCGUUGCCUGGGUCGACGCUUUCGCCAGCGGCAAUAAGUAUGAUGCAGCCAUGGUGCAGCUAAGACUGGCGAAUGCGUCCAUCCACUCCAGCGCCGAUCUCUUGACCAAGGUGCUUAUCAACCUAUGCGAGCAGCCAGACUUGAUUCAGGACCUCCGGGACGAGGUUAUUUCCGCCCUCGGGGAGAAUGGAUGGCGAGCCUCGACACUGAACCAACUAAAGCUCCUUGAUAGUGUUUUGAAAGAGAGCCAGCGACUGCAUCCAAUCACGACCGGUAUGCGUCCUCAGCCGUCCAAUCUGCGUGCAUGCUCACCAUUUAUCUUAGCUUCAUUUUCGCGCUUUACCCGGCAGACUAUCAAGUUGGCCAAUGGCACUGAGAUUCCCACAGGAACGCCUGUUAUGGUGACUAACGAUGUCACCGGGGAUGCUACCAUCUAUCCUCAUCCCGAUGUCUUCGAUGGGUACCGGUACUUGAGAAUGCGUGAAGGAGCCGACAAGGCCCGGGCACCGUUCACAACAACGGGCCAAAAUCACCUGGGGUUUGGGUACGGGAAGUAUGCCUGUCCUGGUCGAUUCUUUGCUGCUACCGAGAUCAAGAUAGCGCUCUGCCAUAUCUUGUUGAAGUAUGAAUGGAGGCUGGUGAAGGACAGCCCGCAUACUGUGCUCACAAGUGGGUUCGCGUCGUUCCGUGACCCACGAGCAAGGAUAGAAGUCCGAAGACGCGCGCUGGUGGGAGAAGAGCUCGAAGUAUUGACUACAAAGAAGUGA